AUGAUUAUUAAAAAUAUUAUAAACAACAUUGGUUCUAGUUUUUUAAAGCUAGAUAAAAAAUUUAUUUAUGGUUUUAAUGGUGAAUUAUUAUGUCGUCAUAUGGAAAAAUUAUGGUUUAAUAAAUGCAUCACAAUGCCAGCAUAUAAUGUAACAUAUUUAAGAACAAGUGAUAAUAUCAAUGACACACUAAAUGACAUUAAAAAAUUUGGAAUAAUAAAUAAACCACUGGGAAUUGGUGUUAUUGAAGAAACAAAAAAUUUAUGGAAUCAUGAUAUUAUUGAACCGACAAAAUCACUUGUUCAUAAAACUGGAAAAGUAACAAUAAUAACUGAUUCAUCUGAUGGUAAAAAUUUAUAUCAUAAAUUACAAAGAGAACGUAAAAUUUGGUGGAGAAAAUUAUCAAGAGAACCAUCAAGAUUUAAAUUAACUGAAGUUAAAAAAAUUAAAACAACAAUUGAUUCUGUUGAAAUUAAAGCACAUUUUCCAUUUGGAUCAAUUCUUGUUGAGACAAUUAAUUAUCAACAAGAACCACGUAAAUUUUUUUCAAAGAUUGAAGCACCAUAUCCAGAAUGUCAAAUAAUUGAACAUGAAACAUCAUUUGAUUGGGGUUGUUUAUCAUUUAUUUGUGAUGCAUAUACAAAGCUAGAUGAUGAUGAAAAAUUUCAAUUAAAAUUUAAUCCAAAAUUAGCACCAUAUAAAGUUGGUAUUUGCAUUGAAAAAAAUCCUGAUAAUGAUGAUAAAUUUAAUGAAAAACUAAAGCUAUUAAAAUAUUUAAAUAAUAAAUUAAAACUAGAAUCAAUUGAAACAAUAACAACAAAUAAUAAUGAACAAUUGGAGAAUUUUCAUGUACCAAUUAUUGUUAAAAUUGAUGAUUCAAGUUUUGAUAAUGGAAUUGUUAAAGUUUGGAGUCAAUCAACGACCAUUUAUGAGUUGGUACAUUUGAGUGAUCUUACCAGGCACGUCAUAUCAAGAUGCACCUGAAUAAUUAAACAUAAAUUCUUAUCAAUUAAUUAAAAUUAAUUCACUUAUUAUUAAUAUAAUUAUAAUUCAUUCAAUUCAACAAAAUAAAUAAUAAACAGACACAAAAAAUAACACUCAAUUAUUUGUUUUAAACUUUUUUAUCAUUUUUUUUUUUUUUCUUAUAAAUUGUUUAUUUUUUGGGUAUAAAUGUUUAUAGCUAAAAUCGAGCUUUUUUUAUUGAUGAAAUUUGUUGAUUUUUUUUUUUUGUUAAUAAUAAAUCAAUGCUGUCAAGUUUAAUGAGUCCCAAUUGAUCUGAUGAUUUCAACUUUACAAUGAGCUAUUUUUACGUUAUUUUUUUUUUCUAUAAUUAAAACCACCAAGUUGUUUAUCUUUUUUUUUUUAAUGAUAAUCCAUUAAAAAUUUAUCGUUAUUUACAAAUUAUUAUUUUAUGAAUUACUUUGGAUGAUAAAAAAAAAAAAACGCUUACGUGGUUGACAUUAACGAGGCAUCAAUGAUUAUGGAAAUUUUUUUU